GCGAGAGCCGCCGACCUUUGCACUCGCCUGGCUUUUUGUUUUGUAAGAUGGCGCUUACUAGAAGUUGUUUCAGGCUUCGGCAGCUAAGUGGUCAUAGCUUCUCCGAGUUUUUAUGCUAUCCGACAAUUUGUGUCUCGCAGCUUACUAGUCACCAGUUGUCACAAUUUUUCACAUCAGCGAAGAGGAGUACUUUAAGUUCAGCCAUCAUCUCAAAGGCCAAACGUUUGAAUGCAAAAUAUGAACGAUUUCUGGAAAGAAACUUUCCGCGUUUUUAUGUGAUCUAUUCAAACUUUUUUCGAGGUUUCCGUCUGUUGUAUCUUGACUUCAAGGAAGUUCAUGAAAUAAAGCAUAACAUGGCUGAUAAGGGACUAAAAUACAACCAGCUGCCUUACAGAAAAAUGGAAAAAUUAAGACAGUUUCGCAGAGAUGUUAUAAAGGUAAUACCUGUGGUGCUUCUCUCCAUUCCGCCAUUUGCAAAUUAUAUUGUCUUUGUAUUGAUGUAUUUCUUUCCACGUCAGUUUUUAAUGAGGCACUUCUGGACCCUUGAACAGCAGCUGGAAUAUAAAGAAACCUACCACUCAUUACGGGCUCAGGUUUACCCAGAUGCUGUGAGUGGCUUAAUCAAAGCAGCCUCAAAAGUUAACGACAAACAACUGAAACAUCAGCUUAUAAAUCUUGGCAACAAAGUUCAGGAAGGCAUUCACCCAGAAAUCUCCCAGCUACAUACAGUGGCAAGGCUGUUCUCCAGAAAACCACUACGAAUCCAUCAUAUUGAUUCACAGCAGGCGGAAGUCUUUAGUCGGGUAAUGUUUCUCACUCCACACAUGCCGUCCUUCAUCCUACGCCGUCGUCUCUGGAGCCACAUCAUGGAAAUUCGACACUUGGAUCAAGCAUUAAAUACCUUGGAAAUGCGUGACCUAUCGGAGGAUGAACUAAAAACUGCAUGUUAUGUGAGAGGCCUGAAUUCAGUGCACCUGAAUGCAGAGCAGUGCAAGGACUGGUUAAUCAAAUGGGUCCAACUUUCCAAGAGAUUAAAAGAUUCUGAAGCCUCUCUACUGUUACACAGCAUGGUACUACUUUCUGCAAAUUACCUCAAAAAACUUCCAGAAAAAAGCAAGUAAACAACAAAUGCAAAACUAAUGAGUGGCCAGCCAUACACGUUUACCCAAGACAUCUGUGCAUUGUGUUGUCAAGGAUUUCUUUUUUAGUGACAGACAAACUCUUGAAUGCAAAAGCUUGUAGCUAUUAACUUGCCUCCUGUGAUGCACUGAUUAUGCUUAGAGGGAGAUUCUCUCUGAGGAGGGAGCAAAGAUGUAUAUCAUUGUUUUCUCAUAGUAUAAAUGAAUUAAUUUAAAAGAAGCUAAUGUUUUCUGGACCAGUACUUUUUAUUUUAAAGCACGAAGGUAGUUUAUUGGAAUACUAUAACUUUUCCUGUCAUUCACAUAAAAUGACUUUUUGCUACAGGUUUUAAUCACUUUAAUCCAGAGGUUGUCAAAGUAACAGUGAACUUAGUUUUGCUGUUCUUUUUGACAGCGGGACUGCAUUUUCAGCCAAGGGCAGGUGCUGUUGAAAGAAACAUGGAUGUUCUAUGCUCACAGCCAUGAGUAAACAUUGUCACGCCGCCUGGCUUAAUAUUAAGUUAUAUCCAGUGUUGUGUAAUUCCUGCACUUGCAAUAUAGAUAGAGCAGGCUCACCACAGAAAAUACAGUCAAAUCAGUUCAAAUCUAAGUACUAUUUUAAAUGGAAAUAUAAGCGAUAAUUAUUUCUAGUCAAUCUGUCUAAAACUGACUAUUAGUCAUUAACCACUGGGAUCCCUCAAACCUUUUCAGGUUUAUAUUCAGAUUUUAUUUUUUGUUUUUAUUUUCCUCCUCUUCCUCCCUGCCCCGGGGUACUUGAUUUGACAUAGAAAUGUAUUAACUUUUAACAUGCACUGUUCUACUUUCUUUUAGGUGUUCUAUAUUUUAUCAUUUCUUCAUGUACCUUUCUAUCAUUAUCUGUCACUUCCAGCGAGUUGCCUUGUAAAGUAUCACUGAUUACUAUGGCAAAGGCACAUGGAAGUGUAACUUAACUAAGUGGUUGAUGUUAUGCUCAGAAACAGCACCUCCUUCCACCUGAGUAGAAUUAUGGUAGGCCCAGGUCAGUGGUGAAUCUGAAAGUCAGUUUAUAGUGUGGAUUUGUUUAUUAAGAAUUAGUCAAACUUACUGAAGGCUGUUCUCAUUGAUUGGACAAUCACCCAAAUGGCCCACGCCUAUUUCUUCCUAUCCCUUUUGCCUGCCCUUAAAGCAGUACCUUCCUCUUCUCCAUUCACUGCUCAUCACCGAGAACACAGUAGGUGGACGUAAGAGCAUUCUCUUGCCUGGGAGCCACCCUCAACCCCAGAAACAAUCAGAGUAAUGACGUUAAAUCAAAAAUAUGAAUACUGUAGAUGCUGAAAAUCUGUAACAAAACCAGAAUGACUUGUAAGACAUAGGAACAGAAUUAGGCCAAUUGGCCCUUCAAGUCUGCUCCAACAUUUCAUUAUACAUGCUUUUAUAUUCUAGCCCUCUGAAAGUGAAUGCUAACAUUGCAUUUGCCUUGCUCCACAAGGAUUCCCAAUUCCCUUUGCACCUAUGCCCAUGCACUUCCCUACAGUUUUUUUUUCAUAUGCCACUUCUUUGCCCAGUCUCCUCAGCUGUCUAAGUCCUUCUGCAGACUUCCUGCUUCCUCAACACUAUGUGCCCCUCCACCUAUCUUUGUAUUGUCUUCAAACUUGGCGACACUGAAUAGGCUGCACCAGGGAAAGCAGGAAACGGAAUUUGUGCUUCAGUCAAGUGAAGCAUGAUCCAUGGUUUAAACAUGUUAUUAGCACACUGACAUUUCUUUAAGAGCUAUAUAAUUUGUACUAAUAUAAUAGUUUUUUUUUGGUUUGGAUAAUGCUUCUUAAGUGUGCAGUUCGCUGUGUAACCAAAUGAUUCAGGAAUUCAAUGUCUUAGAUUGGCUAAAUUGCUCACUCAGUUGGGUCGAUGAAGCAAAGCAGUUCUAUUUAUCCUGUCUCCAAAAGGUCAUCUUUAAUUAAAGAAACUACCCAUUUUAAUAUACAGCAGCUUAAAAAAUCUGUAAUUAUCUUUUUAUCCUAUUAUAUUUGAGGUGUCAACAAUAUACCCAUUCCUUAAAAAUUAUUUUAAUCCUAAUUUUAAAUGUUCCCACAGUUUCUGGUACGCUUAUUGCUGAAUGUGGACUUUGAUUAAAUGUUAUUGCACUGUUAUUCAAGUGGUGAGACAUUGUUCUCUGCCAGCUAAACAGUAAGAUUAAGGCAUGAAGUGACACUUGGAUUCUGAUAGUGCAAAAAGAAAUGCUAGGUUUACCACAUUAUAUACUGUACUUUGUUAAAGGAGAUUUGUAUCUUAAAUUCAGAGCACUGACCUCUAUUACAGUAGAAAAUUGACCACCUUUCUGUCUUGAGGUAGGCUUCUAUCUGCAAAUUUUGUUACUUUACUGCAUUUUGAAUAUUUAGAAUACAUUGAAAUGACUGAUUUAUUUUCUCAAAGUUGCAAUCAAUGUUGUGGUGCUUUUUACCUUCACUUUCAAACUAUUAGCUGAAUGCUGUGCCCAGCACUGGUGCCAUUGAGUCCAAUAACAGUGAUGAUGAAAAUAGUCUGAAUGCCCAUCCUUCAAAAAAAAAGUUCAAAGCAGUCCUUCUAUAUUUACUACCACAAGCUACAUAAUGAAUUCGUGCAGAAAUGGACAGCUUGAUCUCUUACGAAGUUUGAGCAUGAACUAACAUGCUUGCUUAAGUCAGAGAUUCUAUAAACAGCCCUAUAUUGCACUGCUUUUAUAUUCUAGUACUGAUUAUUUUCUGUAUUUCCUUUUGAUUCUGCACUGCAAAGACAUUUAAGUUUACAUUUUAAUCUUGUUUUACUGUUAUUUAUUUUUGUUAAAAUGGAUUCCUUAAUUCAAUAAGUAUUUCUUAUUUGUAAAUAUACUUUAAAUGUGAUUAGAAUUGUCAAGGGGAUAUGCUUGUCAAUUGAGUGCAGUUUUGGUUAAUUUCAGUGUGGAGAAACUAUAAAAUCCAUUGUAUGGGAAUAAAAAAAAGUGUUGCCCCUUUUUGUCAUGGGAACCAAAGGUUUAAGGAGGAUCUCCAAAGAGGAAGUAGUAGAGAAUUUGCCAGAGUUUGGGCAAAUGAAUGGAGUGCAAUAAUUUAGAGUUUAAGGGUGGGCAUUACUUAUUUAUUUCAUGAUGCACCAGUUCUUGCUAUGUAACAAUUUGACAGAUUUCUACAUUAAACUCAAACUUG